GUAGCGAGGCUCAGACCUCUGGGCAUUCUCCCCUCGUUACCUGUAGUCAGCUGGUUUCUCAGUGAUUGCAAUGCAGGGUCUUCCUGCUUGUCCCCCGCACUCUGCCUUGGGGGAUGGGUCAGUGACACCUCUUCACCCACCACCUGAAGUUGGUCUCCAGAAAGAAGCUGCCAGAAUGAGGCUGCGCAUCUCACCUGUGGUCCCCGCAUACCUGCUCUGGGUCCCCAUAGUCUACAGGACUGAAUGCCCAGUCUGUGCUCAGGAUUUGGGUCCUGGGGUGUGGCAUGAAGGGGACCUGGCCUCUGUGCUAUAUCAAGCCUCUUCACAGAGUGCUGGAACCCGGGGGCCAGGCCAGGGAUUGGCUUGAUGCCUUAGAAGUGAUGCUCUGUGUUUUCUAGGGACAGACCUUGAGGAUGGCCCCGCUCCCAGGGGCAGAACUGGUCCAGAGGCCACUGCAGCUCUACCGAUACCUGCUGCGCUGUUGUCAGCAGCUGCCAACCAAGGGCAUCCAGGAACAUUACAAACACGCUGUCAGGCAGAGUUUCCGGGUUCAUUCGGAUGAUGACAACCCUGAGAGAAUCCAGCAGAUUAUUAAAAGAGCCAUUGAAGAUGCCGACUGGAUCAUGAACAAAUAUAAAAAACAAAACUGAGACUCCAGGGCCUAAGGAGUGAAGCUGUCCUGAAGACA